AUGUUAGAAAUGACAUUAGAGGAGGUUCGUGACGAUUUCAAGAAAGCAGAAGAGGAAAUGAUUAGAAAAGCUGGUGGGGUAAAUAAGUGGAACAAACUGUCUGACAUCAAGAAGGCUGAGAGGAAGGCCAAAAUGAUUGAAGAGGCAGUUGCUGAGUUGGGAAAAGAAGAGUUUGAUAAUCUCUCUGAUGAGGAAAAACAUAUUUUCCGGCUCUUUAUCUGGGCUGGCUGUGGUUGCCACAAGGAUCUGAACACUAUUCGGGGAGGGUAUCUUGCAGUGGCAGCUUGGUGGAUUGAGAAUGGGCUUGAGGAAGAACGCCCUGUCCUUCUUGCCAAUCGUGAUAAUGAUCCUGUGGUUCAAGAGCGAGACACUGCUCUUGAGAAAGGUGACACCCUAACACCAGCUCAAGAAAGAGCUUUUCACAAAUCAACACGUGGUGCAAUUAAAACUGCAGAAAUUGCAGGUGCAAUCUUCAACAAUAAAGACGAUAAAAGGGGCCACCAUGAUAUCUUUCGUUAUUGGUGGUGGGAACAUGUGGGAGUUCCAUUUACAUUUCCCGAUACAUCCAACAAUAGAUUCCAGUCAUAUUGUAAUGCUGCUGCAGCCCUUAUUCUCUAUGGAGAUGAAUUCAAGGAUUUUCUUGAGAGUCUACGCAUCAACAAGCAAAAUCCAACACUCAAUCACAUGGAAUUAAAUCUCUGGAAGGCUCUCCACUGCACUUCAACAAAAAUCAUUGCAAAUCCUGACAUUCUCAUUGGAAAAGACCUAGACAUUUCUGAAUCAUACAAAACAGCUACUCUAGAUGGUGAAAAGUGGCAGAAUCCUGCAGUUGUAAAGAAGAUAUUUGACCUCAUCCCUACACUCCCUCACUUCCACAAUCUUUUGAUUGCAUUUUUCAAAGGAGCAGCACAAACAUGGGAACGUUUCACAUCAGAAUUUGCACCUGGUGGCCUAAUUGAUGAAGCAACUGCAGAGGAAAGGGAGCUUGCACAUAUGCCUGCAACAAAUGAUGAAAAUGAAGCAUUUAUGGAAACAAAGUUUACUGAGGAAGACUAUCAGUAUAUACAUAAACUUGGACGAGAGGCAAAUGGGGAGGAGAAGAAAAGGCGCAAUGAACUUACUGAUUUCCGUGACCAACGACAAGCAAAGAAAACUGCACGCAAGGAGGUUCGGGAGCAAAAUGCAAAGGCAACUGCAGAACGGAUUGCACAGUUGGAACUUGUUUUUGACAAGGAAAAGGUCCCAGGACUCAAGGGCACGUCCCUCAAGGACCAAUUGAGACUCUUCAAGAGUGCAGGUGCUCCAAAUCUCAAGCAAGGGCCAAUGCCAACCAAAGUUGCUGAUAUCCGCAAAGCACUUGUAGAUGCUAUUGAUCUGCAUACAAAUGGUGCUUGGAAGCUCAUCCAAGAUGAGGAGAGUGAGGGUGAGAAUAUUAAUCUGUCAGAGGAAGAGGAGGAUGAGGAGGAUGAGGAGGAGGGUUGGGAGGAUAUAGAGGGCUAUGAGACAUUAUUACAACACUUUGAAUGUAUAAAAAAAACUAAGGGAAGUGAUCACAACUCAUUCUGGAAUUGGAUCAGUGGCUGUGCAGCACCUAUUGGCCCAAGGUUGCCUCCUCGAGCUAUGAGCUUCACAACAGAUAGGAUUUGGGCUUAG